AUGGAUUAUCUCAUUCGCUUUGCCCAGGUGCACGAGACGUUCCGGCGGCCGGAGAUCGAGGCCCUUUCGACGCUUGCUGGACUGCCUUGUGAGAUCGUCUCGUACGCCGAGAGUUCACCGUUUUGUGUGGUGAAGUUUCCCACCCCCGACACACAACAUGGGGAAGAACAAAAUGCAUCAGCGGUAGAUGACGGCGCCUUCGAGAGUCUCGAGGCGAGGAUUAAGAACUUUGAAAGCCGCUCCAUCCUCUCAAAGUGCAUCUACGAGAUAUGGGGACAGGGGCGGGAUUAUGAUGAACUUCACGCGGAUGUGAAACGAAAGAGUCACCACCUAUGGGACCGUUACCGCCAUGUAUCGUUCAAGUUCUCGGUGGAUUCCUACUGCAGCACGAGGGACAUUGACCAACAGAGACAAAUCAUCAACUCAUUUCGAUACCUUGACCUCAAGGGCAAGAUCAAGAUGAAGCGCCCGGAUGUGGAGUUCGCCGUCCUGGAAGAGUGGCUUCCUUUGCGGUCGCCGAGCGAAGCCCCCGAAAACGCAACACAGCCUGACGCAGCAGUCGACAACAUAGCAGGUACGGGUCUGAGAAGAGUGUUCCUCGCCCGCAAGGUUGGCGAUUCGUGUCGCUGGCUAAGGGAGAAGCACGAUCUCAAAAAGAGGCCAUACAUAUCAACAACCUCGAUGGACGCCGAGUUGGCACUGCUGACCGCGAAUAUGGCCCUGGCAAGCCCCGGCAAGCUUUUUCUGGACCCCUUUGUGGGUACGGGAGGCUUCAUGGUUGCUGCUGCGGAGCUAGGAGCUAUCGUCCUGGGAUCAGAUAUCGAUGGUCGCAGUUUUCGCGGGAAAGGUGUCGGUCUGGGCCAAGGGGUUGGAGCGAAUUUUCAAAAGUAUGGGUUGACGCACUUGUUCGGAGACUGUUUGACUUCUGACUUGACGAAUACACCGUUUCGCUGUGCUGCGACCACGCUCAAGUCUAGCGGUGGUCGGUGGCUGGACGGAAUUGUUUGCGAUCCUCCCUAUGGCGUGCGUGAAGGGUUAAAAGUGCUUGGAACGAAGUUGAGGCAAAGUCGGAUCGAGGCAGCGGCUAUCAACGGCGACGUAUCUGGUCACUCUGAGACUUCCAACAGGCUGACGGAAAUUUUGGUCAACGGCGUCCCGGCGCAUACGCUGCCUGGAUACAUCCCACCAAAGAAGCCAUAUUCCUUCGCGCGCAUGCUUGACGAUAUCCUUGACUUCGCCGCCAGAACACUUGUCGACGGCGGCCGGGUUGCGUUCUGGAUGCCGAGCGCGAACGAGAACGAAUAUGGCGAGGAAGAAGCCACCGCCAUACCGACACAUCGGCACCUCGAGCUCAAACACGAAUGUAUCCAGAAGUUCAACAAGUGGAGUCGAAGAUUGCUGGUGUAUGAGAGAAUGCCAGGGACUCUCGACUCAGCGGUGCACAUUGACGGGUCGGGUAGUCGAGAAGGAACUUUGGCAGCCAGCGCUGGUCACACGGCCGAUGAGCUGAACCCGUUUCGUAGAAGAUAUUUCCAGUCUUUUGGUGCAGGCAGAAAUGGAAGCUAG